CAGAAAGGAAAUAUAUAGCAGGAAUGGCUAUGCUAUGGUAGUUAGAAUUUAUAAUCUACCCAAAGAAAUUGCCGAACUGCCUUUAAGACAGUUUAAACUUAAAUUGUUUCAGUGGUUAGUCGAUAAAUGUUUUUAUUCGGUCUCUGAUUAUCUUAAAAAAAAUUAAAUAAUACUUUUAUUUUAUAUUCAAUUUUAAUUUUAAUGAAUUGCUUGACAUUCGGUCAGUUGCACAAACGUCCAUUAAGGUUUAAUGACACCUUUAAGCUCUAAUGAAUGUCAAAUUUGUAUGGGUAAUGUCCCUUUAAAUUGAUGAAUAUCUAAAUGGACAUUUGUGCAACUAGCUGAUUUUUAUUAAAUAUGAGUAAUGUAUUGUAUUUUUAAUAAUUGACUGCUUAUCUAUUUUGUAUUAAUUGUCUUUAAUUUUAAUGAAUUCGCAUGAUUUUUUAUUUUAUUUUUAAAUAAUUAUAUAAAUUUAACUAUAUUUUGUAUGCCAGAAAUGGUAAAUGUGCUGUACUUACCUUAUACUUACAUCUUAUAAUAACCGCAUUUGUACGAAAUUCGAAAUAAAUAAAUAACCUUCUCCAUCUAGCAGAUGAUGUAUAUAACUUUGGAGAACUAGAUUCCUUUUCAGCAUUUGCUUUUGGAAACUUCAUGUCUAAAAUAAAGAGGUUACUUCGUUCGCAUAAUAUGCCACUAGAGCAAAUUGCUAAACGGCUGGGUGAAAAAGCAGCUGACGAGAAAUUUGAUAAUAAUGUGAAUAUAAGUAAGAAAAAUAAUAAGGCUAUUCGUGAUGGACGGAUAAAAAUAAUUUUUGUAUUUAAUCGUGCUGUAAGUACUUGUUUAAGAGAUUCUUGUUUUGUUACUUUCAGUGCAGAUAUUAUUGUGGUUAAAUCUAUUGAAAUAAAAGCAAAAUCUGAUUUUUAUACUUUGCACUGUAGUAGUUUUUUAAACAAAACUGAUUUUUACAAAGAACCCAUUGAAAGUAGCAAAUUGGGAAUAUACAUGGUCAGUGGUAAAAAAAAUGUUAUUGUCAAUUCAAACGAUUUAAGCAAGAAAUGUUUAUUGCUGCCUAAUUUUGAUAAUAAUGACCAUUCAUUUAUCUGUGUAACUUAUGUGAGUAUGAAUUUGCACUAUUAAGCUUGACUUUCACAAUGAGAAAUGCUAGUUUUUAUUUUAAGAGCGUGGGGAGUGAGUCAAUUCCAUACAAUUUGCGAUGCUCUUACACAGCUACAAUAUGUUUUUAAAACCUACUGAUUGUAAUUUUUUCAAAAUUUUUAACAUUGUUGUUUUUUUUUGUUUCACGCCAAUUCAUGGUUUUUCAGCCAUAUAAAAGUAAUAAAAUAUGGUUAAAUUAACAAU